UGGCACCGCGGUUGCACGACACGCGCCGCACACGCUCCGGCGGCUCUCCUGGGACGGGAUGGGGGACCCCUUGGGGGCCUGCCGCCUGGUCCUGCUGCCCCUCAGCCGGGCCUUCCAGGAGGACGAGGAGGAGGAGGGUGGCCUCUCCCUCGACGGGGCCCAGCAGGUGCGCUGCUUCCACCAGCCCUGCGCCGGGUGCAGCUGCGGGGUGCUCUGCUGUCUAAAUUCCUGGAAGGACAAGAUGGCGCAGAGGAGCCCCGUCUUCACGACCCUCGGACCCAGCGAAAGGCGCGUCCGGAACCUCCCCCUGCACAGCCAUGCGCUGACGGCGGUGCCCUUGGGCUCGGCGCGGCUGGUGGACCAGCUGGAGGACCGCAUCCUGAGCCACGAGAAGACCACGGCGGCCCUGGUGGAGCACGCCUUCCGCAUCAAGGAGGACAUCGUCUGCACCCUGCACCGCAUGCAGAACAAGGGCGGCGGGGACCGGCUGGCCCGGCAGCUGCUGGAGGAGCACAUCCGCAACAUCACCGCCAUCGUGCGCCAGCUCAACCGAGACAUCGAGAUGCUUCAGGAGCAGAUCCGGGUGAGGGACAGCCUCAGCUACGGGACCAACUCCACCCUGAAGAGCCUGGAGAUGCGCCAGCUGUCCGGCCUGGGGGACCUGCGGGGCCGCGUCGCCAGGUGUGACGCGGGGUUGGCCCGCUUGUCGGCUGAGCACAAAGUCACCUACGAGCGGCUCCAGAACCUGAGCAAAGACCAGCAGGCCACCAAGCUGAUCCUGGAGUCCAAAAUCAAGGAGGCCGAGAUACAGAUUUCGCAUCUAUUGAACAGGAUAGAGACCUCUAUCCUGCAGCAGGAAGCCAAGCUGAAGCUCACCUACAAAGAGAGCAACCAGCAGCUGCACCUUCUGGACACAAAGUUGCAGGAUGCCAUUGAUUACCUGAGCGCCCAGGUCUCCUCUGCGCGCAGCUGGGUGGAGCAGGAGCAGAGCCGCUUCCAGAAGGAGUUUGCCGAGAAGGUGGACCGGCUCUCCCUGGCCAUCAAGGAGAAGAACGAAUCAGAUGACCGGGCCUUGGAGCGGCAGCUCAGCGAAAUCCGGGGGAAGUUGGACCGCAUGGAGGAUCUGCAGCAGAAGGCGGUGGCGGCGGAAGGGGGGCACGGCGGGAUCAAGGCGGCCGGAGAGCGCAUUGAGGGGCGGCUGGCCACGCUCCAGGCCAACCUUGACCAUGACAUUAAGGGGGUCAAGGCCGAGGUCAAUGCCGGGUUUGCGGCGGUCUACGAGCGCAUGGGCUCCCUGCGCGAGGCCCUGGAGAAGAAGAUGGAGCGCGACAAGGAGGAACUGCAGGGCCAGAUCCGGCCUGCCGAGUGAAAGGCCGCCUUCCCAGGACGUCGCUGCAGAACCCAGGGUGGGCAUUGCUGCAAAAAACACAAACACUCUAGAGCAGGCAUGGGCCAACUUUGGCCCUCCAGGCGUUUUGGACUCCAACUCCCACAAUUCCUAACAGCAGGUAGGGAGUUGAAGUCCAAAACGCCUGGAGGGCCAAAGUUGGCCCAUGCCUGCUCUAGCACCCACCAGAACCAGCCACUGGUGGAUCAUUAUCGUCAUGCAAAAUCAUCAAAACGUCAUUAAUGAAAAACGAUUACAAUCCGACCCCGUUGGAGGUCCCUGUCUCCGCACCCGGCCAGACCCUGCAACUUCCAUAGACUUGGCUGUCUUUUGCAGCCGACUAGCUGAUGCUGCAGCGGACGAGACCAAGGCAAUUCCAGGCUGCCUCUACAUUCAAUACUUGAAAGGAGGAGAAACAUUGGGAAGCGCUUUCUGAAUGUAAGAGGACGGUCUGAAAACAGGAUAUAGAUGUGUGAUAAGAGCCUUUUAAGCAGGGGCUGGAUGGCCAUCUGUCGGGAGGGAUCGGGUUGUGUCUUCCUUCGUGGCAGAAUCGGGUUGGACUGAAUAUCUUCCAACUCUAGGAUUAUAGGAUUUUAUCUCUCUACUUCUUUUAGAAGUCUUUAACCCAGGACUGGAUGGCCAUCUGUCGGGAGAGAUUGAGUGGUUAAUCUCUUCCAAAUCUAGGAUUCUAUAAUAAAAAUAAUAUUUGAUAAUAAUAAUAAUGGUGGUGGUGAUGAUAAUGGAGACUCCUUCUCUGGAGUUUCUCAGCUUAGGUGGCUGAGAGAGAAAAAGAAAGGGUCUGAGGCUGCUAGGAAUUGUGGGAGUUGUAGUCCAAAGCACUCGGAGGGAAGGUCCAAAUUGGCCCAGGCCUGGUCUACAGCCAUAAAGACUUUUUAAAUUUUCCAAAAGCACCAAACAUUGUUUCUAGGUGACUUUCUUCUGUAAAUAUCUAAUUUUAAAGCAAACCCUUGGAACCUGAAUUAAAAAUAUGUGGCAUUUUCAAUA